AUGGCACCUCCAAAAGCCUUACGAGCAUCGGAUUUCUUCCGACAAGGGAAGAAAGACCGGCUUCGCUCUGACCAAGAUGGCGGCGGCUCCCACUCACCAAAGCACACAUCUGAUGCAGGAUCUGAUAAUGAGUCAAGGCAAGCCUCUACAGGUGUCCUCUCUGUGUCAGAGAAGAAACUUGCUGCCAUGCUCCAUGAGCUACGUACCUCUAUGAGAACUGACUUUCAAACAGCGGUCUCAGACAUGCGCAAAGACCUCCUGAAAGUGGGGACACGUGUAAACGUAUUGGAGGAAAAAACAGACGAACUAUGUCAAGCAAACUACGCAAUAGUAGAAAAAUAG